UGGAGAUUUAAUGAUAGUCACAUUCUAGGAUUGGUAGGCUUACAAGAAGGAAUGUCUAUGGGGGGUGGGUACCUCCGGCGCCCAGGCCUUAGGGAUGUUUAGUUAAUGUUGUUGUUAGUACUAGCUGGGGCAGCCCCUGUGAGCGGCCUCCCCAGCGGCUUCCUGUAGGGGAGCAGGGGCCGCCCCCUCUCCCCUUCCUCCAGGCGCUCUUCCUCCCGCCUCUCCGCCCCGCCCCGCCCCGUCCCGUCCCGUCCCGUCCCUCCUCUUUCCUCAGAGGAAACUUUCCGCCGGCUGGACCAUCAGGUGUCCGGCCGCGCCACGGUGCAAACCGAGUAAGAAGGACGGGGUGGCCCGGCCAGGGUGUAUGCAGCCCCCGAAGAGACGCAACUGCCGGGGGAAGACAGCGGGACGCUGACGGGGUGGAGGAGCUGCCCCAGGAGUGAGCGCCCUGGGCCCUGGAGGACCUGACCUGGCUGACCUCGCAGGCUUACAGGAGAGCUGCGCCCCAGCAGCAUGGAUGCCCCAAGGAGGGAUAUGGAGCUACUCAGCAACAGCCUGGCGGCCUAUGCACACAUCCGAGCUAACCCCGAGAGCUUCGGUCUCUACUUCGUGCUGGGCGUCUGCUUCGGCCUGCUGCUGACCCUGUGCCUACUAGUCAUCAGCAUCUCCUGCGCGCCUCGCUCGCGGCCCCGGACCCCUGCUCCGCGCCGGGACCCUCGCAGCAGCACCCUAGAGCCCGAAGAUGAGGACGACGAGGAUGAAGACACCAUGACGAGGCUGGGCCCGGAUGACACUCUCCCGGGCCAGGAGCUAUCCACUGAGCCCGAGGGGCCCCUUAGUGUCAAUGUCUUCACGUCUGCAGAAGAGCUAGAGCGGGCACAGCGGCUGGAGGAGCGUGAGCGAAUCCUGCGGGAGAUCUGGCGCACUGGGCAGCCGGACCUGCUGGGCACCGGUACGCUAGGGCCCGGAGCCACGGCCACAGGCACACUGGGCCGUAUGCACUAUUAUUGACACACGACCCACAGCAUGGGUCCCUGAAUACUGGACAUGGGACUGAACUCAGUGCUGCCCCAGGGCUUUCAAACUGCCUCUGCUCCAAUUCUCCUGGUGCUAUUGGGCGUGAAUCGCCGCCUGCUAAGCACUCUUUACUGGGCAGGUGUGGGUGGGGGAAAAAUGCCAGGUCCCACCUUCUCCUCCUGGUAAUAAUCAAUGACCAAUGAAAGCUAGUCUCAGCGACUCAGUCUCGUUUAGUUGCCGCUGCUUUGAGCAGUUCCCCCAGGCUCCGGUUUUUCAGGGGAGUCCCAGGGAUGUGGGUGUCACUGCUUUUGCUGGUCACACCCCUUCUGGGGGUCCAUCCAAUGCAUGCUUGUGCUCACUUUAUAGACCAAAGAAUCAGGCCAAGACAUGCCUGUCGUACUUGCACACGGGACAGAUAUUACAGGCAUUCCUUACUAGCCAACGCUUGGGCAAAUGUCACUUAGUCCCCUGCCCUAUGACCUGCCUGGGAUGUCACUGCAAUCACCCAGGGAUGCCUAGGGCUCAGACCUGGAUGUUAAUUCUAUUAGACCUAGUG